CGCGUUCAGUCGAUGCGUGCGAGCGGACCGAGUCGGUCGUUCUCUCGCGGUCGUUUAGCCCUUACACGACUGUUUCCUCUUUUCGCUCGUUCGCACCGCGCUCGUCGUAGUCGUCGUAGUCGUCGUCGUCGUCGUCGUCGUCAUCGUCGUCGUCAUUUAUUAUUUGAAUCGAUCAAUCGAUCGAUCGAUCGAUCGAUCGCGAUCUCUAGUUUCAUAUUACCAUUCUAUUUUCCUUUCAUCGAACAAAAAUUACCCUUAAAGAAAUCAUCGAUAUAUAUAUAUAUAGAGAGAGAGAGAGAGAGAGAGAGAAAAAGAAAAGAAAAAAAAAAGGAACAAAGGAUAUAAGAAAUGAUAUAUAUAUAUAUAUAUAUAUAAAAGAUCAAAACGAAUUGAUAUAAGUAUAAAAGAAAAUUUGUAUCUUUCUUUAUUAUACUUGGAUCGGAUUUUCUGAGAAAAAAAUAUAAGAGAAGAGGAAGAAGAAGAAGAAGAAGAAAUUGUUUUGAUCGUGAUCGUCAUCGUCGUCAUCUUCAUCUCGAGUGUUUCUCUCUCUCUCUUUCUUUCUUUCUUUCUUUCUUUCUUUCUCUCUCUUUCUCCUGUUUCUCUUUCUCUCUCACGAGCAAGACAUUCCAACACUGUGUAAACUUUCGACACGGUCUCCUCAAGUAUAUUCUCAUCUCCUAGCUUGAUUCUGUGAGAUUUAUUCAGAUAGAAUGGAUGACGAUUCGACCAUUUAGUACGAGAUAACAGAAAGACGGAAGGGUCUUGAAUAAUUUGAAAAUAAUUCAAAAGAGGAAGAAGAAAAAGAGGAAACAAAUCAACAAACAAACAAACAAACAAACAAACAAACAAAACGACAAAAGAAAAACAAGAGAGAAAAAAAAAAGAAACAAGAAGAAUAAAAAAAAAAGAAAAGAAAAGAAAAGAAUAGAACAUUUCAAUUAACAGAAUAAGAAAAAGGGGAGACGAAAAGGAAAGACGAAAGAUAGAUAAAUUUCCUUAUCCUUUGAAAAGAUUCACAAGGUGAUAAAUAUAUAGGUGAAUUCGCAGAGAAGAGGAUGAAUCGAUCGAUCGGAUCUUUUCUUUGGAAGCGAUGUCAGCGAUCGAAAAUCGUAACGUCGACGAUCGAACGUCUUUGACGAUAUCGAAGGGAAAGAGAAAUUUUGAUAGAUCGUUUGAUAGAUAUAAAUUACGUAAUUGACAUUUUUUUUUUUUUUUCCCCAAAGAAGAUCAACAAUAAAAAGAAAUAUAACAGAAUAGAAUUCGAUGGACGACUGCGAAAGUGAUCUAUUUUUAUCUAUAUACAUAUAUACAUGUGUGUGUUCAUACCACACCCUCAUCCUUUUCCCUUUUCAUGAUCGACACUUCGUACUAAAUUCGUGAUCGAACUAUUUUGAAUGUUGAUCAUCGUUCUAACGACUAAUGUGUACGCGUUUAAGGCUCGCCGAAAUGUCGCGUAUUUCUAAUCGUGCUGUUAGCACGAUAGCCGCGUCUAUCGGUAUCCUAUUAUUAGUGAUAUUCUUGGUGAUUUUAUGGACCGGUUCAUGGAACACACGUGUUAUCGAGAAAACCAACAAGGAAGUAAUUGGCUACGGGAUGAGAAACUCGAGCGAACAGUCGAUUAGUGUUUUCCAUUUGAUCGAAGAAGAUACGAACGUAUUGAAUACAACGAUAAACGAGAGAACAACGACUACCGCAUUCAACGAACAGUCGACCAAAGAUAGAAUGGAAGGAAGAAAAUAUAACGACAGUACGCCAGAUGUUUUACCUUCGGCUAAGGGAGACUUGGAAUACAUCGUGCCGAUGAAGAUCAGCCAAAAUCAAUACGAAGAUCCACCCGAUCCAUUUACAACAGCAAAAAGGCAUCACAGUGGACAUUUUCGACAUGCAACAGCGAAAGUAUGGGAUCCACAUCCUCAAUACGAAUUCACAGCUUUCGGAAAGUUCUUUCGUUUGAGGUUAUCUCACGACACGAGCUUUAUAUCACCGGAUAUGAAGGUAACGCAUAUAAGCGCAAACACAAGUAGAAAAGUGCAUCCCGGUCAUCAAUUGGAUUGUUUCUACAGCGGAUACAUCGACGGUGAUCCACAUUCCAUAGUCACUGUUAAUCUCUGUCAUGGAAUGACGGGCCACAUGAGAACUUCCAGCGGAAGUUACUUCAUUAAACCGGCCGAGCAUUGGCGCGAGAACGAGGAUUCAAUGAUGGCAUCCUCCUUGCAACAUGCUAUCUACCGGGUGCGUCCUCCCACUGAGUCAACCUCGUCCAACGAAAUUGACGAGGAUCCUACUGACGGUGUUCGCAAUUGUGCUGUCAUUGAUUACGAUACAGAUGAGACACCGGUGUUAUUGACGGACGACAGUUCCGGGGAAAAGAUUUACGUUGAUGAUCGUAAGCGAGAACGUAGAUCGUUAACGGUGAAAACGUCGAUGGAUCAUUUUGAAGAGGAUUACGAUGGUAAUAGGAAGAUGAAGAGAGAGGAAGAUUACGCGGAAGAGGAAUACAAGCAGUUCGUUGGUCACAGAGAGCAUCGUAAUUCUCUUCGAGAUGGACGGUAUUACUCCGUCGAGCGCAGACGAAAUUAUCCGAAGGAUACAUACCUACAGGACUCGGAAAUGGAAUCGGAUCCUUUCGUGGCAUGGAGACCGCAACGUGCCUUACCACGAGAAUAUUUCAUCGAGAUUCUGGUAGUGGCGGAUAAGAAGAUGACCGAGUAUCAUGCCGACAACCUGGAUAGUUAUAUUUUGGUAUUGAUGAGUACGGUAUCUCGAAUUUACAAAGACCGAUCUAUUGGAAAUCCUGUGAGCAUCUUCGUUACAAAGAUCACUCACGCUGACAUAGUAUUCGGUAAAGGUUACGACGAAAAUUACGAGAUCACUGCGAUAGAUAUGUUGAAUCAAUUUUGUCGUUGGCAAAAAAUCAACAAUCCUGAUAAACCAUCUCCGGAACAUCACGACGUGGCCCUGCUUCUUACCAGACAGAACCUGUGCCUUAAUCCAGGUGGAAAACGUUGUGAUACACUUGGCCUUGCCGAGUUAGGUAAAAUGUGUUCUCCAGAUGCGUCCUGUGCAAUCGUACAGGACAACGGUUUGGCUGCAGCAUUUACUAUUGCACACGAGAUCGGCCAUGUUUUAAACAUGCCGCACGACAACGAUUCAAAAUGCGACGAAUUUCGAAAUCAUUCGAGGAUACAUAACGUCAUGUUCAGGAUGUUGGACGACGAGACUUUCCCUUGGGAAUGGUCUAGAUGUUCUCGCCAUUAUGUUACAGAGUUUCUCGAAACGGAUCGUGCCAAUUGUCUUUUGGACGAACCUAGCAAGAGUAUACAAAAGCCAGAUGCCGCACGACUCCCGGGAAUUGAUUAUUCUCAGAACAAACAAUGCGAACUGGUCUUCGGUCCAGGAUCGAAGAUUUGCCAUGACAUGGUGAGUAAUGUGUGCAGGACACUCUGGUGUACCGCUCCAAGGUGGGGAGGUAAGUGCCGCACAGAAUAUACACCAUGGGCCGAUGGUACGAGUUGCGGGGAAGGAAAAUGGUGUCAACGUGGCGAAUGCGUAUCCAAAAAGGAUUUAAAUCCUGUUGACGGAGAGUGGGGUCAUUGGGGUUCUUACGGGGAAUGUUCACGCACCUGCGGUGGUGGUAUUAAGAAGAGAUAUCGCGAAUGCGAUAAUCCACCACCACAAAAUGGUGGAAAUUAUUGCGUUGGCGAGCAAGUCAAUUACGAGAGCUGCGGGACCAAGGAAUGUCCACCUGGUAGUCCUGAUUUUAGGGAACAACAGUGUCAGGAAUACAACAAUAAUAAUCUUAAUAUACAGGGUCUUGCGAGGGAUGUAAAGUGGCAUGCUAAAUAUGCUCGAAUACAACCGGAAGAUCGUUGCAAGUUGUAUUGCCAAGUAGAGACCAAUCAGUAUUACAUGCUUCGCGACAAAGUGAUCGACGGUACGCCCUGCGGACCGGACACGUUUCAUCUGUGCGUAAAUGGUCGUUGUAAACCCGCAGGAUGCGAUAACGUUUUAAAUUCGACAGCAGAACUCGACACCUGUGGGGUAUGCCGUGGUGACAAUUCAACCUGCCAAAGAAUAAAUGGUUCUUACAAUGUCACUGCAUACGGAUAUAACAGAGUUACAAAGAUACCAGCUGGAAGUAGCAAUAUCGAUAUAAGACAACACGGAUGGUUUGAAUUUCACUAUGACAAUAAUUAUCUCGCUUUACGUCUUGGAGAACAUGGGAAGUAUAUAUUAAACGGAGAUUUCGUGAUAAUGCAUCAAAAGGUCGUUGUAUUUCCUGGAGUUACGAUAGAAUAUAGCGGACCAAAAUCAAUCGUCGAGAGAUUAAAUAGUUCACGACCGAUUAGUACGGAUUUGAUAUUGGAAGUAUUAUCGGUAGGAAUGUUGCAUCCACCGCAGAUAACGUACGAGUAUACAGUCCCCAAAAAAAUAUUGAACAGUUAUAAAUGGGUAUUGCGCGAUUGGUCGCAAUGUAAUCGUAUGUGUCAAGGUACAAAAUAUCGUAAAGCUGAAUGUAGAAGUACGGAGCACGAGGAUGUCGUCACUGAGGAUUAUUGUCGUGCGGAGGAUAAGCCAAGGGAAGAAAGUCAAAUGUGUAAUGGACAUUGUAUGUUGCAAUGGCAAAUCACGUCUGAGUCGGAAUGUUCGAGUCAUUGUGGUCCAGGAACUCGUACAAUUACGUCACGAUGCGUACAAAUUCUUUUGUAUUCCAAUCGUUCGCUACGUUCAUUACCAGUACACCUGUGUUCUCAUUUGGAAAGGCCUAACGAGUUGGAGCCGUGCGAAGGACCCUGUAACGACGUUCAUUGGAAAUACAGUGAAUGGGGAACAUGCAGCGUCACAUGCGGAGGUGGUAUUCAAUAUAGGAUGGCAACGUGCGUUGACUCGAACGAUAGACAAGUAUCCGAGGAUACUUGCGCUGGUCAAAAAACACGCUUGAAGAAUAUCUGCGGACAAGAGGCUUGUCCAAAAUGGGCAUUCGGUGAAUGGAGCAAAUGCUCGGUCAGCUGUGGCAUUGGAGAACGUCAUAGAGCUUACUGGUGCCAUGUUGAAAAUCGUAUCGUACCUCAUAGCAAUUGCAACGGCACUUUACAAUUAUCGGUUAAGGAGUCAUGCGACGCAGGACCCUGUUACUCUUGGCAAACUACCGAUUGGAGUCCGUGUUCCGCAACCUGUGGAGAAGGAAUACAAACGAGGAACGUUGUUUGUAAAGGUACAGAUGGAUCGACCAAUGAUAAAUGUCUGUCAUCCAAUAAACCAGAAGAUUGGAUUUCCUGCGUAUUAAAACCUUGUCUUACAGGGACAAAUCCAAUUAUAUAUUCUGAUCCACCGCAUGAAGAACCCUAUCCUCAAGACAACGAGAUAGAUAGCAAUGGUAUUACUUUCCGUUCUGUUUAUCAGUGGAUUACUGGACCCUACGGAGAGUGUUCAAAACCAUGCAACGGAGGGAUCAUGACAAGGCUAGUAAAAUGUAUAUCAAUGGAGACAAAUGCGUAUGUUCAUGAAAAUUAUUGCAAUUCUAAUGAACAACCAAUCAGUACGAUGACCUGUAAUCAUCAUCCAUGUGCAAUCUGGAAUACUGGGGAUUGGAGCGAGUGCAGCGUUACAUGUGGUAAUGGAAUCCAACGUCGACAAGUACGGUGUCAAAGUCCAUGGGGAGAAGUUUUACCGGACAAGGAGUGUUCGAGCAGUGGGAAGCCUAAGGUCUCCAAGGAUUGUCGUAAAUCUUGUCUUACGAAUAACAAUCAGAAGAAUCAGAAUAAUUAUCAUUUUGAAGUUAGCAUCGUUCGUAAAUGGAAGAUAUCCAAUUGGACUACCUGUACAAAAUCAUGCGGCGGUGGAAUAAAAAGACGAAGAGUGGAAUGCAUGAUGAGCAGAGGAAAGGAUGGACCAGAAGUACCAGUGAACGACGAGCAAUGCACAAAACUAGCUGGCCUAGAAAAGCCAAGAUCUCAGAGACAGUGUCAACGUAUUCCCUGCGAUUAUUCUUGGCAAGAGGGCACCUGGUCGGAGUGUUCAGCAGAAUGUGGCAAUGGUGUACAACGACGUAACGUAACGUGUCAUCGAGUUAAUCAUUAUGGUUGGACAGAUCCAACAACGACUGAAGGUUGUCCGAUGAAUAAAAGACCUGAAACCGAACGAAUGUGUAAAUUACGUGAAUGUAAUGAUAAAUUUUAUUGGAGGAUCAGCAGUUGGAAGAAAUGUGAUCAACCAUGUGGACGUAAGGGUAGACAAGAACGUAAAGUAUUCUGUGUCAACAAAGCCGGUAGAACCGUAUCGAAAUCAAAAUGUCCAGAAAGUUUUAGACCAAAAAAGAGACGCAGGUGUAAUCAACGAAAAUGUAGCCCAUUAACUUGUCUCGAGGCAAGGAAACGUUUCUCGACGACCAAGGAUGGAGAGUAUCCUCUUAGUAUAGGUGGAAAAACAAUGUCGAUUUACUGUCACGAAAUGUCGACUUUCAAGCCACGAGAAUAUUUAACAUUAACGGCUGGAGAUCAAGAAAAUUAUGCUGAAAUAUAUGACAAGAGGCUGAAAGAUCCAGAAACAUGUCCUUUCAAUGGAGAAAGAAACGACAGCUGUAAAUGUUUCACUACUGACGGGACAAUAUCGGGUAUAACCAUGUUCAAAAGAGUACGUUUGGAUCCUAUCAAAUUAUAUAUUAUAGCCGACGAUUAUACGUUCUCUCAAACGAAAGGAUCGCAUCGUGUGGAAUUUGGUAAAGCCGGAGAUUGCUAUAGUACUCAGAAUUGUCCUCAAGGUCGUUUCAGCAUUAACUUGAGUGGUACACACUUAAGUUUGUCUAAAGAAGUUACGUGGACUACGUCAGCCUUUAGAACAUUUUAUUCGAUCAAUAGAAUAAAUGAUCAACAAGUUAUUGGUAAAUGUGGUGGUUAUUGUGGAUUUUGUAUACCGAAGACUGGCUUGAAAUUAGAUGUUUUACCUCCUUAGCUAGUAAAACAUUUCGUUUGAUUACUUGAUACAGUUUCAAGAAAAAACUGGAGGAAUUUCAAAAAGUCUUCCAAAACGGAGGAGCGUCUCUAAAAAAGAAAAUAAUUGGGGAUAUCAUUCGACCGAGAGUUGCCUAAGAAUGAUUACUUCUUAUCACCAUAUAUUUUUUUUUUUUUUUACUAAAACAAAAAAAAAUUUUUAUUCUUUGCUAAUACGCAUUGAUAAAAAUCCAGCAGAAAAUGGUGAAAGAAGAAUAAAUGAAGAGACUUGCGUCACAAAACAAAAUAAAUAUAUAUAUAUAUAUAUAUAUAUAUAUAUAUAUAUAUAUACAUGUAUAUAUAUAUAAAAGAAGGAUAAAACGAAGCGUUUUUUCGAAGCAUCGUCAUUUUUAGUUAUCUAUCGUUUUGCCAAAGAACUGGAGAAAAAGAAAAAAAAAUGGAUAACGACGUACACAAGUACAUAUAUAUACGUCAUCAUCGUGACUAGGAAUCAUUAGAAUCAUGUUCAUCGGUAUAUAUAAAUAUAAUAGAUUGAGGGACUAAAUCAAUC